AAGCCAUUCAUUUGACUAUUCUUGCCUUAGAUCUGAGUCUUCCAAACAGAGUAAUAGACUCUUUUUAAGGACUUUGAGCCCCCCUCUCUCAUUUCAUUCUUACCAUAGUCUUUUCCAAAACACAAUCCCAAAACAAUCUCAAAACAAAAACCCUCUUUUUUUGUGUCUGUAGAAUUCCAAAUAUUCACUUUCAAUUCUCAGAUGUUCAGUCCUUUCUUUUGCGGCAGCUUUCAUCAUCAGCUAGAAGAAGAUGAUGAGCUGCCCUGCAGCCCGAACUCGCCAACGAGGAGAUCAAGAAAAGCAGCAAGAGACAGCAAGAACCCGUAUUCGAAUCGCGGCCUGGACAAGUUCUCUGCGCUCCUAGCUGACCUCGAAGACAAGAAGCAGAAGAUAUACACAGAGAUGGGCGCGCAGGACAUCUCCUUCGUCCGUUUCGUGUACUCGAGCUCCAACGACUGCAAGCCGAUUGUCGUGAAGAUGAGAGACAGCAAAAAACCAGACAGAAUCAAUGUUGAAGACACCAAAGACAAGCCCAUGACACAAGAUUCGGAGGCAACGGAUCAGUACUGCGCGAUUGAAAACGAAGUCCAAGGACCGACUGCGUAUCAAGGGACGAAGAAGAAGAGGUUGACAUGGAAGAAUUUGAAGCUCGAGAAUUGGAGGCGGCCUUCUUAUUACUUGCCGGUGAUCAUAUUGCUGAUUCUGCUGUGUUUGGCCAUGUUUGGGAGGUCAUUUGCCAUUUUGUGUACAUCUAUAGGGUGGUACCUGGUGCCUACCAUCAAAAUGGGUAGCUCGAAUCCGAAAAGGCCAAGAAAGAAGAAAGAGUACGUGAGAAAAUUGAGUGAGAACAAGAUAAGAAAUGAUGGAUUAUCUUCUCCUAGAAGUGUCAUUUCGGACUUUUCACCUAGAGACCACGGCCACCGCAAGAGUUGGUGAAGAUGAUCCCUAAUUAAAUGCAUGCUUUCUUGUGCACAUAUAUAUAUAUAUUUUUUUAAAUUAUUUUUGGGGUAAGGUUUUUCUCUUGAUGUGUUCAUAGUUUUGGUUUUUUUAUUUUAUUUUUUGAUUUUUUUUUGGUUGCUGAAUAUGUUGGGGUUGGGUUGAAAAUUCAAUCUCUUUGACAUGUUCAUCAAUGUAAAUAGUGGCACUGUGGGUUGAGUUGGUGCAGAAAGCAUUAUGUGAUGUUUAGAAAAAAAAACAAGCUAUGUAUUUAAGUGGUUUUGUUAAA